ACAAUAGCGAUUUAAAACAUCAUUGUCUUCUCUCCAUUCAGGUCCAAUAUAAAUCAGAGGAAAAUACUUAAUUGUCUGAAAGGAAUGAAAUAUGUUUCUUGUCUGUCGGAAGCAGCGGAAAUAGUAAAGAGCUAAACUCCGGUAUCUUGUCGUGCAUUCAAGAACGAUGAUAUACUGUUUACCACGAUAUACUUUCUUUUUUUGUAGGUCGAAUUAGAGACUAAUAAGUCACGCUAAUCCGCAAAUUUAACUCCAGUGAAGUACGAAUUGGGCGAAAAAGCUUAAAAACCUAAAGUUAUUCUUCUUUUCUGCCAAACAGGGAUAGCUGUUGCAACAUGAGUAAUUGGUACUGGUUGACGGCAUGGUUGCCUUCAUUAUUAGCUAUUAUUGGAAAUGGCCUCGUGAUUUAUUUGAUUCGUUCACGUCCUAGACUGCGCACCUUACAAAACAGAUUUGUUCUGUCGCUUGCAAUAGCUGACUUCUGUGUUGGGACAUGUUAUUACCCAGGGCAUGUAAUAUGCAACUUUUUGCUCGACUCAAAGUGCAAUGUGAUGAUUAGAGAUGACAUUGCUGUGUACAUGAUCUACUCUUCUGUGUCCAAUCUGUGCGCCAUGGCUAUCGACAGGUACAUCGCCAUUGUCAGACCUUUACGCUACUUAACACUCAUGACGACUACACGCGCAAAAAUACUGACGACAAUAGCAUGGAUGAUUCCGAUGGUAGUCUACUUUAUUCCCGCCAUUUGUGUCAGCUUGAAAUUGUUUAGCAUAAACUUUAAGAUAAGUGUGGUAAUCUGGACCACGAUUUUCGAAUUUAUUCCGUGCACGUUGUUGUUGUUCGCUACCAUGCAGGUUAUCAUUAUCUCGAAGAGGCAUCGCCGAAGAGACGCAAACUUCUCUCAGUUAACGCUUCGACAAAAAGCUUCGACAUCAGUGAUUGGAUCAGUUGUGGCUAUUUUUCUUCUUUGCUAUGCUGUAGAGGUUUACAGCUCGUUUUGUCAUUUUACAUCAUUGUGUACUCCACAUGAUAACAUAUACAACGCAGUGCGUUUUCUCAUUAUUGUUAAUUCGGCUGCAAAUCCUAUCGCUUAUGCGUUGUUCAAGAGAGACAUGAAGAGAGAACUUGAUAAAUUUAUCUGCAAAAACUCUUUCACGAAACCAAGCCUUUUGUCGAGACGUAGUAAUGAAAGAUCGACCAGUCUUUGAGUUAUCACAACUGCAUAUCUUAGGAAGAAAACAGAUACGGCUGCGCUUUCAGAGUUCUAAGGUGCGACUGAACAAAAAAUAUGUGAUAAAAUUAGGCGUUAAGGAUACCUACUCGUAAAAGCUUAUUUUACCCUGUUGUCUCGUUUCCUAUAUCCGGACCUGUUGUGAAAUAACUAGAAUGACUACUUCGGAUGAAAACAAGACAAAAUGAAGACAAAACUACAUUAGAAUUUACUAUGAAGUA